AUGGUAAAUCAGCUAAUUGUUUAACAACUUUUAAAAUUAAAAAAUAUAAUUCUGAUGAAUUAGCUUAGCAAAAACUUGAAGAUUUUUAAAAAGUAUCUCAGAAACUAAAUUAACUCAUUAACUGGGGGCUAUAAUUUACAUAUAUUUUAUAGAAAUAGGCUAUAUAAGCUUAUUUACCUCCACAGUAAAUGCUACAUCCUCCACCUCCACCGUAUAUGCUACCUCCAUCAUCUAUAUAUCAAUUACCAUUAUUACUAUCGUAUCUAAAAUAAAUUUCAAAAUUUUCAGAUUUUUUCGAUGAUUUUUAGAGUUGCCCUUUAAAGUAAGAAAUUUUAAUGA